AUGAUACCACCUUCCAUCGGCACAGCACAGGAGAACCAGCCCAAAAUGACCUAUCAACAACGACGAGAUCUUAGAGAACUUACUAGAGAAAUCAUCAGAGAAGCCCGCGUUUCGAAUAGUCAGAAGUCAAUGUCGCCUGGAGCUCGAGACAGAGUCGGAGAGAGAAAACCAAUCACCAUUUCAUAUGGAGGAUUACCCAUGACAUCGCAACAGGGUAACAUAAUAAUUCGCAAAAGGCGCGGUAAUCUACCAAAAGCGUCGGUGAAAAUAUUGAAACGAUGGCUGUAUGAACAUCGGUAUAAUGCAUAUCCCAGUGAUGCUGAAAAACUAGCUCUUAGUCAGGAGGCCAACCUAACGGUUCUACAAGUAUGCAACUGGUUCAUAAACGCCCGUCGCCGUAUUCUGCCCGAGAUGAUCCGUCGCGAGGGUCAAGAUCCUCUUCAUUACACCAUCUCAAGGCGCGGUCGGAAACAACUCAAUUCAAGUGAUGCAGAUGCUGAGGUCGAUGCCAGCGCUAGCAACCUUGUGGUUACUGCCUGGGAUGGCUCUGAGAUUGAGGGCGAGGGCGAAGGCGAGAGCGGUCGGGACCACGACUACGGCGACGGUCUGCUCGUGUACAGAAGCGAUGGUGAGGGAACUGACCGGUCCCACGACGAAUAUUCCGAGGACAAGUACGAUCCUGCCGUUUGGCACUCCGUCAUCCGCUACGGCGCUGAUGACGCACAUCCGGCCGCACGCGGAUCGGCAGCAGUAGUGACGGUCCGCACCAUGGACGGUGAAACCGUGGAAGGCGAAGUUCAGAUGGAGACGGAUGAGGCGAGCGGAGCAGACACGAGUACAGCCAGCUGGCCCCAGAUCGCUAUACCGCCGAUGCCCAAAACUGCACGCCGUCGCCUUCAGGUUGUGGGAACUAGCGUGCCAGAGACACGUGUAGAGAAAGACAAGUUCAAGUGUCUGUAUCUGCUGGUGGAGACUGCGGUUGCUGUACGCCAACGAGAAAAGGAACAAGACGAACUCCCCGUCUAG